AUGGUUGGAGAAAACUGUACCCAGGUGACUGAAUUCCUCUUCACAGGAUUCAGAGAACAUCUAUGGUUUCAGGUCACCCUCUUUGUGCUGUUCCUCACGAUUUACUUCAUCACUGUGGUGGGGAACCUUGGUAUGAUCUUUUUAAUCAGGUCUAGCCCUCGUCUUCAUACCCCCAUGUAUUAUUUCCUUGGUAAUUUGGCUUUUGUAGACUUUUGCUUUUCAACAGUUGUCACCCCAAAGAUGCUGGCUGAUAUGUUUGUGGAGAGGAAAGCCAUUUCUUAUAAUGGAUGCGUGGCUCAGGUCUUCAUUUUGUGUUUCUUUGGGGUUACAGAAUGUUUCCUCCUGGCUACAAUGGCGUAUGACCGUUAUGUGGCCAUCUGUAGACCUCUGGUGUAUUCCAUCAUCCUGUCCCCAAGACUCUGUGUCCAACUGGUGGUUGGGUCAUACUUCGCUGGGUGGAUUAAUGCAAUGUCACAAACAGUAGACUUGUUACAAUUAUCCUUCUGUGGCUCCCAUGUCAUUGACCUGUUCUUCUGUGACAUCUCCCCACUGUUAUCACUCUCCACAUCUGAUGCCAGCAUAAGUCAGAUGGUACUAUUAACUACAGCUGCUAUUUUGGGGGCAUUCACCAUCCUGGUUGUCCUUAUCUCCUACACAUUCAUUGUUGCUACCAUCCUGAAGAUCCACUCCACUGAGGGUAAACACAAAGCCUUCAGCACGUGUGCCUCCCACCUGACAGUUGUUAGCAUCUUCUAUGGAACCUCUCUCUUUAUGUAUUUAAAGUCCAGCUCAGAUGAUUCACAGCAUGAGGACAAAUGGACCACAGUAUUUUAUACAGUGGUGACGCCUAUGCUAAAUCCUCUGAUCUACAGCCUGAGGAACAAGGAUGUGAAAGAUGCCAUGAGGAAAGUGAUAGCAUGGAAAAAAAUCUCAAAUAUUUUAAAUAAAUGA